CUGACAUGGUUUGCAUGCAAUUGAACCCCUCUUUUCUGCACCAUCCUGCAAAACAUCAGAAGAAAAUGAUGCAACAGGCCUUGUACGAGUUAUUUGGCUCCAUUUGCUUUGACGUCAUGUUUGCACUGACGGUGCCCAUGUCCCUAUGGUGGUUGGCCGGUACACUCAGCCUCAUUUGCAUAGUGCUCAUCAUCAUUGAGAGAGGCUGUGAGGCUGUAUGGGUGCCACCAUUUUUGACAUUUGCCCUUUGUGGCACGUGUGCUUCGGACAUGAUGUGGCUUGCAACCAACGCUGGCUUCGGAGUAUUGGGCGCCCAAAUUGAACGCUGGAGGAUUGCGCCGGAACCUGAGCAGCCAAAAACAAGUCCAAUGGAGAAUAUCAGAGCAAAACUCACGGGCUUUUGGUUGGACAUGUGCAUUUUCACAGGUGUUUGGUUUGCCGGAAACCUCUCCUUCAGCUACGACAUCAGCUUCGUGCGUUCAGUGGUUGGAUUUUUGCUCAUGGUGAGUUUGCUGGAUUUGGGUCUCUCACUGUGGCACCACGUACUGCACCUGCCAUGCAUGUACACAUAUCACAAAGUUCACCACUCAGUGCGCAUCACGCAACCAUGGACCAACGAGGUAGAACAUCCAGUUGAGGCAUUGGGAAAUGCUACAGUCAAGUACGGCAGUCUUGUGUUGGUGUCGAAUUGUGUGCAACUGAGCCCCAACGUGGCCUUUGCAUACUUCAUGUUCUCAACUUGGUAUGGAGUCAUGGUUCAUUCUGGCUACAAUCUGCCACCCUUUGAUUGGAUCUCGCAGACGCCAGCUUUGUGGUUCAUCAUCACUCCCCAGCAGCACCAGGCCCACCACUUGAAUGGUGCAAAGAAACUUGGGGCUAUCACGUCCAUUUGGGACUCACUCUUCCAGAGAAUCAUCUCGAUGUCCAUACCCAAGCAGCCUUGCCUCCAGCCUUUGGCUGCCUCCAGCCGCCUGGGCAAAACUUGGCCGGUGGAAAGUCUUCGUGAGAUCAGUGACGAUCAACUCAGGGAAUUGGUCCAGGCAGUCCGGACACAUGGGAUGAUAGUGAUUCCAAAUCAAUCCUGGAGCCUCAAUGAGCAGGAGAAGUUCACCUCACGCUUGGGGGAACUCACGGCCACUGUUGUAGGCCAAGCUCCAGAAUACUUUGAGGUUCAUCCCAGGAUUGUUCGGCUGUCGAAUUUCCGUGCCGAUGGCACGUGGAAGGGUCCAAACUAUCAAGGUGCAGAGGUGUGGCAUCAAGAUGGUGAUUACAUGAGAAUGUCGGAGCGCCACAUCCUCACAGUGCUUUGCGCCGAGCAGAUUCCAACCUCUGGAGGUGGCACAGGCUUUGUGGAUCUCGUGGCCGCUGCUGCAGCCCUACCCGCCUCGCUGCGCGCGAAAGCUGAAGGCCUACGCUGCUUUAGUUCGGCGCGGCGAAAUGCAGAGUACAUGAAGAGAGACUUCACCGCAGAAGAUGCCGAAAGAUUUCCUGACCAAUGGACGCCCGUGCUUCAUCGACAUCCUCGUGAUGGGCGAGAAUUACUUCUGAUGGGUUCAGAGUUGUCAGUCCUUCAGGAUCAAAAGCAGCCAGAUCCAGAGACGACCAAGGCCCUGUUUCAACAUGUGCUGUCUCCUCGUUGGAUGUACUUCCAUCAGUACAAACCGGGUGAUGUCAUCAUUUGGGACAACUUGCAAACCCUUCACAAAGCGUUGCCCUUUAUCAAUGAUGGAUCUGACUCUCGUCUCCUUUGGCGUGCCCAAGCACGAGUGACAGAAGCCUUCCCUUGGUGAUGCAGCACUAGGUGGCACAAGUGCAAGAUAGGCUCGAGAAUCGUUGCACCAGCCCAAGAUGCCACGCAAAGCAAGUGUGAAGCCGGAGUUUUGUUGCAAAGAUCGUAUAGGUUUUUGGUCUGCUUAGGCUAAAGCCAAGUAGAGUGUGAUCAUCAUGCUUGAUCUUUUCUCGUACAGCCAGGUAGCGACAUAGGAGCUGCACAUAGUCGUGUGCCCAAAUUCAAUGUAUAGUGCAGAUGCAGCAUUUGUUGUCGAAAUACUUUUUUCUGCAAAGAACAUCAGCGUUUGCAACUGCGUGGCUCGGCGAGAUUGCUGUUUUUGAUAUUUGGACAGGUUGUGUAAACAUGUUCAUGUUUGUUUGAGAAUUGUUG